GGAGCCAUCUGAGGUCCCAGGUACCCAGCUCCCUGUCACAUCAGAGACCUCUCUUGCACUCUGAGUGAACUGAUAAAAAAAAAACAAAACAAGCCGGAGGUGAGCCCGGCCUCGAAGGGAAGGUUCGUGGGUGCGGUGGCCGCCCCGAGCCUGUGACACCAGGACAUACUCCCGGGGUCUGCGGUGGGCAAGCGAAGUGGUGACCUGAGAGCUGACAGGCUGCGAGAGGGAAAAGUAUAGACAGGCCUAGACCAGGGGAAGGGGAGGGGAUAGAGAGCUGGGGCUGCUACGAGGGGACCUGAGCCAGAAGCGCACUGGUAAAACCGAGCUCCAGGGCCAGAGACCCAGAGAUCAGAGGAUGCAGCACCGAGGCUUCUUCCUUCUCGCCCUUCUUGCCCUCUUGGCGGUCACGUCCGCGGUGGCCAAAAAAAAAGAGAAAGUGAAGAAGGGCAGCGAGUGUUCGGAGUGGACCUGGGGGCCCUGCACCCCCAGCAGCAAGGACUGCGGCAUGGGUUUCCGCGAGGGUACCUGUGGGGCCCAGACCCAGCGCGUCCAUUGCAAGGUGCCCUGCAACUGGAAGAAGGAAUUUGGAGCCGACUGCAAAUACAAGUUUGAGAGCUGGGGGGCGUGUGAUGGGAGCACUGGCACCAAAGCCCGCCAAGGGACUCUGAAGAAGGCACGGUACAAUGCCCAGUGCCAGGAGACCAUCCGCGUGACUAAGCCCUGCACCUCCAAGACCAAGUCAAAGACCAAAGCCAAGAAAGGAAAAGGAAAGGACUAGUCAGGAGGCCAGAGAGCCUCCCGCCUUGCCUGGAGCCUGAACGGAGCCCUCCUCUCCCACAGGCCCAAGAUAGAACCCACCAGUGCCUUUUAUCUUCCUGUCAGCUCUGUCAAUCACGCCUGUCCUCUCACGCCCACACCAAGUGCCCAAAGUGGGGAGGGACAAGAGAUUCUGGAAAGUGAGCCCCCCCAUACCCCCUUUUGUUCUCCCCACCCUGAUACCUGUUAUUAAGACAUGAAUAAAAUAAACUCACUUUUUUCCAAUAAAA